AUGUGUUUGUUUUUACAAUUUUUGGACGUGUCUGAUGAUGAUGAUCCCAAUGAAGAUGAGUUGGACGGUUCUGAUACAAGUGAUGAUCAUGAGUCUGAUAACUCUGACCAUGAAGAAGAUGAGUUGAAUGUUCAUACUCACGAUGCUAAAGAUGAUAAUCACUUGCAUGAUGUGCAAUCCUCAGAUUUGGUGACUGAUGAAACUCACACUUAUAGUGGUGGCAGGAUGCUUGGGAGGAGGUCGAUCCAGAUGGAAUUACCAUAUGAGGGAUUUACUGCACUGGAUAACCUAGCCGGAACUGAGAGUAGAGGGUUGUCUGUUUUUACAGUAUCAUCUUCGCCUUCAAUGAGUUACAAGAUCAAGCUGCAAAGCGGUCAAGAUGGAAUCAUUGAAUUGUAA